AUUGAGAACCAUUCGUCUGCAAUUGUUUAUGUAUUUUGGUCUCUCUUGGAUAGAUGAACCUGUCAUUUUAUAGUUGAAGAAAGAAAAAAAUGUCAUCUUUAAAACUGAAGACGACUAUUUUAGACCGCUCUAUUAGUAAAGGGAAAAAUGAAGUUAGCUUGAAUGGAUUUGCUCUGUUGUUCUCAGAAAUUGUACAAUAUUGCCAAAACAGAGUGUCCACAGUACCUGAACUUCAGGCUAAGCUUUCCGAAUUUGGACAGCAAGUAGGUAUUCGCAUGCUUGACUUACUAAUUGUUCGAGAAAAAAAUGGAAAAAGAGAGAUUAAAUUACUACAAAUUUUGAUUUUCAUCAAAUCAACUGUGUGGAAAUCUUUAUUUGGCAAAGAAGCUGAUAAGCUGGAACAUGCCAAUGAUGAUGACCAUACCUAUUAUCUAAUUGAAAAAGAAUCAUUGGUGAACAAAUUCAUUUCUGUUCCAAAGGACAAAGGAAAUUUGAACUGUGCUGCAUUUAGUGCAGGCAUCAUUGAAGGGAUACUGAACACCAGUAACUUUCCUGCGAAAGUGACAGCACACUGGCACAAGGGAACAACUUAUAUGAUAAAAUUUGAUGAGUCAGUUAUUUUAAGAGACAAGCAAUUGGAAGGAAGGUAACAUCCGUGUAUUUUCAUGUGCAAAAAUAAAAUAAUAAUAAUGGUU